AUGGCAGAAUCUAUUCUAUUUGACAUUGCGACUGAAGUUCUGACGAAGAUAGGCUCUCUUGUGGGUUGGGAAGUGUCUUUGUUGUGGAAUCUUGAAAGUGAUUUAAAAAGCCUUGAGGGAACCCUGAGCACUAUCAAAGCCGUGCUCUCGGAUGCUGAGAAAAAGCAGGCACAAAAUGAUCAGCUACGUGAGUGGCUUGGGAAGCUUAAAGAUGUUUUCCUUGAUGCCGAGGACGUUUUAGAAGAAUUCGAGCUUCAAGCUUCCGGGAGGGAAGUGGAGAGACAAAAGAGGAGCACAUUAAGAAAGGUAUGUCAAUGCUUUUCAAGCUCUAACCCUGUUGGUUCUCGAUAUGAAAUUAGUCAUAAAAUCAAGGAGAUUAGAGAAAGGCUAGAUCAGAUCGCAAGUGAUAGGAGUAGAUUUUCUCUUAUUGAGAGUACUCCUGCUGAAGUUAGGCAUGUAAUUCCAAAGGUGAGGGAGACUGAUCCCUUCUUGGGAGGUUCUUGUGUGAUUGGAAGAAAGGAUGAUAAAAAAAAGAUCAUGAGGUUUUUAUUUCAACCAACCAACAUUAAUGUCUCUGUCCUUCCAAUAGUUGGAAUCGGGGGUUUAGGUAAAACCACUCUUACUAAAAUGGUUUAUAAUGAAGAAAGAGUAAAUAAGUUAUUUCCAUUAAAGAUGUGGACAUGCGUGUCAGAUGAUUUCGAUAUCACCAGAUUGAUGAAACAAAUUAUUUAUUCUGCAACAGGUGAGGAUUGUAAUAAGUUAAAAGGAGAUAAAAUUCCUAAGCGUUUGCAAGAAAUUUUGACAAGUAAAAAGUUUUUGCUUGUCUUGGAUGAUGUUUGGAAUGAGAAGCCGAUGAAAUGGUUGGAACUGAAAGACUUACUUGUUAAUGGUGUGAAUGGAAGUAAAAUUAUUGUGAGCACGCAAAGUAAAAGAGUUGCAGAAAUAAUGAGCACUGUUCCCUCUCAUUUCAUACAAGGUCUUUCCGAAGAGGAGUCCUUGUCAUUAUUUAAGAAGUACGCAUUUAAAGAUGGACAAGGGAAAGAUUUUCCAAGGCUCAUUGAAAUUGGGAUGGACAUUGUAAAAAAAUGUAAAAGAGUUCCAUUGACUGUGAGAUCCUUAGGGAGCUUACUUUAUGCAAACACAGACGAACGUGAGUGGUUGAAAAUAAAAUAUAAUGACAUCUGGCAGGUGGAUCAAGAUAAUGAAGACAUCUUACCUGUAUUGGAAUUGAGCUAUAAUCAUUGUCAUCUCCUUUGA